AUGAAAGAAGGUGUCAAGAUGCGAAAGCCCGACAGUGGAACACGCAUCGUCCGCGAUUCUGAAUCCUCUUCAAAAGCAUCUAAGGCCGAUGAAAAUUCUGGACAAGAUUCUGGCCCAGCAAUUCAUCUCGAAAACAUCGAAGCUAAUCACCCUCCCCGCACCAAUCGGGCCACUCGUUCUCCCUCUGACAAUAGCAACAACAACAUGAAAACCGAUGGCGAAGGAUCCGACAAGAUCGAACUCACUGAGGAGGAUUGCUGGGACCAAUUGGGAUAUUCCUUUACCACAUACAAGAAAUGGUUGAUUCUGUCGGUCAUCUUCAUGGUUCAGGUGUCCAUGAACCUCAACACCAGUCUCUACUCCAAUGGCAUUGAUGGUAUCGUUGAGGAAUUUGGUGUCAGCGCACAAGGCGCCCGAGCUGGUGCUAUGAUUUUCUUGGUUUGUUAUGCCUUUGGUUGCGAGAUCUGGGCUCCGUGGUCGGAGGAAUUGGGACGCAAACCGGUUUUACAAGCUUCUCUUCUCUUGGUCAACAUCUUUCAACUUCCCGUUGCCAUUGCUCCCAAUUUUGCAACUAUCUUGGUUGGUCGUGCGCUUGGUGGUAUUUCAUCGGCUGGUGGUUCUGUUACCUUGGGUAUGAUUGCUGAUAUGUGGGAAGCGGAUGAUCAACAAUACGCGGUUGCAUUUGUAGUAUUCUCAUCCGUUGGUGGAAGUGUCGUAGGUCCUGUUGUUGGUGGUUUCGUCGAAGCUUAUCUGCCUUGGAGAUGGAACAUCUGGAUUCAACUUAUUUUCGGUGUGGCUGUACAGAUUCUUCAUUUGGUCCUUGUACCUGAAACUAGAAGUACCAUCAUGAUGGAUAAGAUCGCAAAGAAUACGCGAAAGUCGGGCUUAAAUCCAAACGUCUACGGUCCCAACGAACUUACGCCAUUUCGGGAACGAUUCUCGAUGAAGGAGACCUUGAUUCUUUUCGGCAGACCGUAUAAGAUGUUCUUGACAGAGCCAAUCGUCUUAACAUUGAGUUUGUUAUCAGGUUUCUCAGACGCACUUAUCUUCAUGUUCAUUCAAUCAUUUGCUCUUGUCUAUAAACAAUGGGGCUUCUCAACCAUUGAAGUAGGUUUCUCUUUCAUUCCCAUUCUGAUCGGAUACUUCAUCGCUUGGUUUGCAUUCAUUCCUGCUAUCAAACGCAAUAUCAAGCAACGCACCAACAAGCCGAAUGACGAACACGCGCAAUUCGAAUCUAGACUUUGGUUCUUACUCUACACAGCACCAUGCUUGCCAAUUGGUCUCAUCGGUUUCGCCUGGACAUCAACUGGUCCACCACUUCACUGGAUCGGUUCCUCGGUUUUCGGAGCCAUAGUCGGUAUCGCCAACUACAGUAUCUACAUGGCGACCAUUGAUUAUAUGAUUUGUGCCUAUGGACCAUAUGCAGCUUCUGCGACGGGUGGAAACGGAUGGGCGAGAGAUUUCUUAGCCGGUGUUUUGACUAUUCCUGCCACUCCAUUCUUUAAAAAUAUGUCACCGGACCCAUCUCGCUCCCUGGCCUACGCCUCGACAAUCCUCGCCUGUAUCUCCUUCGUUCUCGUCAUCGCCGUCUACGUCAUCUACUGGAACGGACCCGCCCUCCGUAAACGCUCUCCUUUCGCCCAACAACUUUCCGAUGCCAAAGCCGAACAUAAGGGUGGACAUAGGGGACGUACUGAUACCGGAUCGAAUUUAGAGGGUAUAGAGUUGGGAGCCAAGAGAUGCGUACUUCAAGUAUCUAGAUAG